AUGGUGGUUUGUGGUUUUUACAAACAAAGACUCUCUCAGUUUUUAUCAGGACAUGUUCCUGUUGACCUCAGACUGUUAUUGAACGGAGAUCAGAUCAAACUGUUUGAUUUAUUCUUUUGUGGAUCCAAACGAUGAAAGUUUAGAUCAAAAAUAGACUGUGAAUAUAUUUGGUCACAUGUCUGUUUCCUGAAGACCUCUGCUGUUGGACUUCACUCUCUGGAGAUAGACUUGGUCUGCUCUGAUCAGGAGAAACAUCUCAUUGUUGAAAACCAUGAGACCAGAGCAGAACCGGCCGUGUUCUCCUCACCCUUCAGGUUAGUUUGGUUCGGUUCUCGGUUGGUUUUGUGCUUGUGUAACUCAUCAUCGUGUAUUAAUAAUAAAAAAAACAGUCAGAAGAUAAUAAUAAUAAUUAUAUUUUAUAAUUUAUCACAGAAUAAAUGAAAUUAGGGAAGGAGAAGCUGAAGGACGGAGGCCCGGAACCUGUUUCCGCUGUUUUUCCUGUCGGUGUUUCCCGUCCAGAACCGGACAUUAUUUCAACAGCUCACGUUUAAAAGUGACAACAUGA